AUGGAAGAGGAUAGCAGCGGCUAUCUCAUUGGUCUUCCUGAGGGUGGUCAAGGAAAACCCGGGGCCACCCCCGAAAUGGCUCGCGUCUGGCUGCCGGCCGAACCUUCCACUCCGAGUGAGAUUGAGGAAAUCCUCAAAUAUUGCAAUCCCUCACUUCCAACGCAGGACUGGAAAGUCUUAUGGCUGGAGAGAACUGAUGAACCGAAUCGGCAAGCGCUGAUAAUGCUAAACACGGAAUCCAUCGGUCCUCUCAGCAAAACAAAGGGAGCCAUAAGCUAUGGUUUUGAGAUGGUAGUGCUGAAAGUACUUCCAUCGGAUGCCAGAGCUGAUGGCCUCCAAGCUGUGGUGCCUGCGGUGGAGGUGUCGAAGGGUACUGACGGUCAAACGACCGUGGAAAUCGGUGCGACAGAGGGCGCCGACGGUCAAAUGACCGUGGAAGUCGAUCCGGAUCUCUCGGAUGUGGCGAGUGUUGGAGGCGGUUCUUCGACUGGCGACUCCGUUUUCAGCCUCGAACGACUGUUUAAGGAGGUUCGGGUCGAUCACGACUUGGGCGCUGAAAUAGCGCUCCUGGAGGAAAGUCUGAAGGAUGAAAUUCCUCCAGAUUAA